AUGUGCACCAUCGGCCCAGAGGCAAGUAUCCUCAAGAACUCCAACUCAUUCCAAGGCGCCUCCGCUCCGAUGACAGCCACCUCCCCACCUUCCGUCCCAACCAUCUCCGAACCAGAAGAGACCAAGGAAAUCACUCUCCAAAACACCCUGCAAAAUGCAGGCCGUCGGAGAUCCUCCUCAACAACCCGCCCAGGCUCCAACUCCCGCCGCCAGUCGACCGUCAGCGCCCACGACGAGAACGAGCCCCGCCUAAAGUGGGACGAGGCAAAUCUCUACCUCACCGAGCAAGAAAAGACAGCCAAGAUGAAGAUCGACGAGCCUAAAACUCCCUACGCUCCUCAUUACGACCCCAGCGCAGACGAUGAGCAGAUCCGCCUAGACGAAGCCCAAGAAAGCCUGAUCGACGCGCAGGAUAUUGUCGUCGAUGAGCUCGAGUCGGCCAAACCCUCUCACCGCAAGGCCUUUUCCGAGGACGAAAUUCCCGACCUGGAACUCGGCGAGCCUGAGGAUAACAUGCAGGGCGUUUCGUCUGAUCCUCGUGUCUUCCGCGAUCGCAGUAUGAGCACGGACUCGCAUAAGAGCGAGAAACACGUUCAUGUGGGCGUUGAAGGUGCGAAUGGUGCCGACGCACCCGCCGAUGAUCCGCUCUUGUCGACUGAGGAAGCUCGCGCAAAGCAUGCGCAUUUCGAGCAGCAGCGCAAGAGACAUUACGAGAUGAGGAAUAUUAAGGAACUGCUUGCACACCCUGAAGACCUGGACGAGGAAAUGGAAGGUGACGAUGCAUCUGAGCAAGGUCCCCCUCCGCCUAUGCCCGCUGUGCCUGGGCGUUUCCGCAGUAGUGAGCAAUAG